AUGUCGCGCAAUCGCGGGUGGCGCGGAAGACGGGAUUAUAACGAAAACCAAGAUGACCGCUACUACCGUGACAGAUAUGGUGGUUCCAGCUACACGACCUAUCAUAGCAGCUCGUAUGAGCAGCCGUACGGAUACGACUACCACUCGAAUGGAUAUGCAGAUGCUCAACCAAGUCAGGGAUAUAACUACUGGCGCGAUGGUGACCAGUAUCACCCCCAAAACCAACACCAGCCCCCCGUCAACUACACUCGCAGUCAUGAACAUGCUAAUGGCUACCAUCACGACGAGGGUUCUUAUAGAAGACGGCAGAGCCGACGAAGCGGCAGUCCGCAGAGAAAUUACCAUUCACGUGCUCAAAGAACUGAUUCGCCAACCCCAUAUAUUGCUUCGCCUUUGUUUCGUCGAAGAACACCUGACACGGAUUCCCUUCCUGCGUAUAUGAAAUCUCCACCACCAGCACCUCCCCCUCCACCUGCGGAACCAGAACCAGCGUAUAUGGCACUCUCACUUGAGCCAUCACACACCGUUGACGACCCUCGCGCCUCCCGAAAGCUUCUCAUACUAGAUUUAAAUGGCACUCUACUCAUUCGAUCGCAACAUUCACGCGCUCGAGCGAAAGAUGCGUACGGCAGCAAUCACACUCGUUCAGCACCGCGCCUUCGCGCGGUGCAGCCGCGUCCUUACAUACCCGCUUUUCGUGCAUAUCUGUUUGCACCUGAGACUCGAAAAUGGCUGGACACCAUGGUCUGGUCUUCCGCACAGCCACACAGUGUAGCGGACAUGGUCGACAGGAUUUUCGGUGAUGUUCAAAGCAAGCUCGUCGCAAUCUGGGACCGCGGGAGUUUGGGACUUACUAAGGAGGACUAUCAUCGAAAAGCGCUGACGACCAAGGAUCUUACAAAGCCCUGGACAUUGCUUCCAUUAGGCACCAACCCAGCAGAGAUCACGGCACCAUCAGAAGCAGAUUGUGCCGCUGAGCAAGCUGGGCUGGCUCCUUCGAUUGCACACUCUGCCAUGACCACCCUCCUCCUUGACGACUCUCCUCACAAGGCUCGUCUCCAGCCAUACAAUCACGUUUGUAUACCUGAGUAUACUUCCUCAUUCAGGGAAAAAGACCUCCGGCAGUUUCAGUACGAGAAAUCGACUCAAGUGCAUAAACCUCGGAAGCGGAAAAGGAAGACAAACGAAUCUAUCACGGACCAAACCGAGUCGGCGGAGAUACUAUUACCCUCCUCAGACUCUGAUCCGACUGUAAUCGGUGCUACCUCCGCUCAUGUAGAGGAGUCUUCUAUCCCUAUUCCACCUGCAGAAAGGGCACACAUAUCUUCUCGACCAUCUGCUGAGCCCUAUGACCCUACCAUUCUUGCAGUUAUCGGUAUCCUGGACGAGAUUAAGAAGCAGAGCAGUGUUGCUGGGUGGAUACAAAGCGGCGGUCUUUGGGAUAUUGUUCCAGCUCCUGAGGCCGAAAGAGAAUCUAUUGUUGCUCCAUCAGCCACGGAUGCAAGCAUUAUCGAGGAUCUGCAACUGACCGCGGACUCUCGGGAAGCGCAACCGCUCGCAGUGAAAGAGCUUCGGGCAUCACAAAGACUCGCGACAAAACAACGAAAAAGGGCGAAACAAGCGGCAUCAUCUCCCGCACAAACCGUUCUUACUGCCCACAAGGAAGUUACCCAGACCGAGAAUGAUGAGUCUACCACCGCUGAUGAUCUUCCUGGAGCUGGUGUAGGUGGAGUGGGAAUGUGGUUUAGCGAUGAGCUGACGCUGUCUUACUGGGUUUGGAGAGGGCGCCGGGCGCUCGACAAUUUGGGAAUUGAAGCAGAUCAUGGCGUAACCGGGUAA